CUUACAGACAACUUCGGGGAAGACCCUAGCAGCUCAAAGAUAUAUCUCAUCCCCGUCCGACAUUCGUUCAGUCUCCUUCGUGAAAAAUGGCGCUACUCGCGAGGAAGGUUUGCAAGGUUCUCUCACAGGCUGCUCAAAAAGGCCCAGUGACCAGGACACUCCACAUAGGAGCUGUGCAUCAGCAGGAUGCAACUAUUGCUCAAGAGACCAAAACAAAAUGUACUCUUAUUCCUGGAGAUGGAGUUGGACCGGAGUUGGUCUACUCUGUUCAAGAAGUAUUCAAAGCUGCAAGCGUGCCUGUCGAAUUUGAGACUUACUUCUUGUCUGAAGUCAAUCCCACGCUAAGUGCUCCCUUAGAACGAGUCUCUGGUAGCAUUGCCAAAAAUCGAGUCUGCCUCAAGGGCAUUUUAGCAACACCAGAUCAUUCUCACACUGGAGAGCUUCAAACUUUAAAUAUGAAGCUGCGUCGUAGCUUGGAUUUGUAUUCAAAUGUCGUGCAUGUUAAAUCUCUUCCUGGAAUAAAAUCACGUCAUCAGAACGUUGAUUGUGUAAUAAUAAGAGAACAAACCGAGGGCGAAUAUUCGGCCCUGGAGCACGAAAGUGUCAAAGGAGUUGUUGAGUGUCUGAAAAUUGUGACUGCAACAAAGUCUCAAAGGAUUGCUAAAUUUGCCUUUGACUACGCUACUAGAAAUCAUCGCAAGAAGGUUACUUGCGUCCAUAAGGCAAAUAUCAUGAAACUUGGAGAUGGACUGUUCUUACGGUCUUGCGAAGAGAUCGCAAAGCUGUAUCCUAGAAUACAAUUUGAAAAAAUGAUUGUUGACAAUUGCACCAUGCAGAUGGUGUCGAAUCCACGUCAAUUCGACGUCAUGGUGACACCAAACUUGUAUGGUAAUAUCGUAGACAAUUUGGCAUCUGGAUUAGUCGGUGGUGCCGGAGUUGUAGCUGGAGCAAGCUAUAGCGCUGAAUGUGUCGUAUUUGAACCUGGUGCGCGUCACACAUACUCCGAAGCUGUCGGCAAAAACGUAGCGAAUCCGACUGCGAUGCUUUUGUGUUCUGUAAAGCUCUUGAAUCAUGUGAAUUUGAGAAGCUAUGCCGAACAAAUUAGAGAUGCUAUCAACCGUGUCCUAAAUGAUGGAAAGAUUCGUACUAAGGAUUUGGGUGGACAAAGUUCUUCAACAGAUUUUACUAAGGCGGUUAUCUACAGCCUCCGCUAAUCCAAUGAUAGGUUUAAACAGAAGCAAGAAAUAGAAUAAUAUAGACCUCAUGGCGUUUCACAUGCAUUUACAGCUGCAAAAAUAUUUCAAGUAUGAUUACUGAUAUAAAUAUCAAAGGUGUUAUUUGUAUGUAACGCUAAGAGUUUACAUAGAAAUUGAUUCUGUAUUUAAUUUGAUAGUUUAUUUUAAAAAACUGGUGUAACGUUAUAGAUUAAUGUUGACAUGUUUAGUAUGUGAUUUGUUUCUAAUUAUUCAUGUUUUGUGUUCCUAUACUGUCGACUGAUCAUGUGAUAAACACCACGGAUCAUCAUUUGCUUGAAAUAUUUAUCAGACAUAAUGCAUGAUCGAAAUCCGUGCACAGAUAGUGCGUUGUUCAUUAAUAUACAGUAUUUUUGAUCGCCCUAAGAAUACAGGGAUACCAAAAAGUCAUGAUAUUAGUAAAGUCGUUAUAACGUUGUUGAUCAUAGCCAGUCUCAUUGUUAGAUGAAUACUGUAAUAUACGGAAAUUGUACAAAUAAUAAAUUAUCGUGAAUAUAGA